AUGUCAGACGCUCACGAGAAGCCUUUGGUGGAGGGGAUGCCAUCCGCCUUCGAUGGCUGGGUCCAGGAAACAAAGCAGCACCCAAGCAAUCAGGCUGGGCUAGCGUACUGGGAUCUCGACUGCCAUGGCUUUGUUUCCUCAACCAAGUAUCAGCAUGAUUUCGCCUCGUAUGCUCUUGCCAUACCCAGGCUUGUCUGGAGCUUCUUUAGUCACGACCCAGGACGAAAAGUCCAAAUUCUGAAAGACUUUGAAGGCCUGGUACGCCCGGGGGAGAUGCUCCUCGUCCUUGGUAGGCCCGGCAGUGGAUGCUCGACUCUGCUGAAGGCCCUAGCUGGCGAAACACACGGAUUCCAUCUUGAAGACGCGAACAAGCUCAACUUUGGCGGCUUCCGAUAUAGACAGAUGGGUAAAGACCUAAAAGAUGAACGAAUAUACCUUGCAGAGCUUGAUGUUCAUUUUCCGGAACUCACUGUGGGAGAAACAUUGACAUUUGCCGCUAGUACCAGGGUAUCAAGAGCGACUUCCAAGACGUCCUCGAACCCUCGUAAGACUGCAGAGAGAGUUGCCUCACUCUUCAACCUCGACGAGGCCUCUAAAACCCAGAUCGGGGAUGCAAUGAUACGCGGUGUCAGUGGAGGGGAGAAAAGGCGCACAAGUCUUGCAGAGGCCUUCAUCAGCAACGCUCGCUUCCAGUUCUGGGACAACAGCACCCGUGGGUUGGACAGCUCGACAGCGCUGGGUUUCAUCAAAUUACUCAGGCGGUCCACUGAUGCUCUUCAACUGACGCUUGCCAUGAGCGUUUAUCAAGCCUCGGAAGCUAUGUAUAAGAACUUUGACAAGGUCCUACUAUUGUAUGAAGGCCGUCAAAUCUACUUUGGUCCGGUUGAUGAAGCAGUUGGCUACUUCACAGAACUCGGCUUCAAGAAACAUGAUCGUGCCACAACGGCUGACUUUCUGACCUCUUUGACGAACCCUGCGGAGCGCAUAAUUGAGCAUGGCCACGAACUUACGGCGCCAAGAACCCCAGAUGAGUUCGCCACUGCCUGGAAAAAGAGUCAGAAUUCCCAAAAUCUCCGAUCUAAGAUUGAGGAAUUCAACAAGGCACACCCUCUUCAACGUAAUACUACACACCACACUAUCAACAAGCAAAACGGAAGUCCAAGUUCCAUUAUAUCCUCUCACUACGCGCUGUCAAUUACUCAACAGAUCGCCGUGUGUAUCUCACGAGGGUUUCUGAGGCUGAAAAACAAUUACGUUCCCGCCGUUUCUGCCGUCGUUGCUGGUGCCAUCACCGCAAUUAUAAUCGGGUCCGUCUACUUCAAUCUUGACGAUUCUACUGGAGAUAUGGAGAGGAAAGCAAUCAUGAUGUUUAUGGCUGUUAUGCAGACGGCAUCUGCCCCAGCCUUUGACAUAACUUACAACACUAACGGCGGCUUUAAACAGAUCUCCCUCCUCUGGGCGCAACGUCCGAUUGUCGAAAAACAUGACCGAUACGCCUUCUACUACCCCGUUGCCGAGAUGUUCGCAUCAAUUAUCUGCAUCUUACCGCAGAAGGUCUUGGAGUCGUUUCUCUUCCACAUUCCUAUAUACUUCAUGAGCAACCUCCGCCGCGAGGCUAGCGCCUUUUUCACGUACUGGUUAUUCAUGUUCACAACACUAAUGGCCAUGUCGAUGCUGUUCCGCGUUGUCGGUUCCAUAACUAAAAGAAUUGAGCAGACUCUUGCCCCGGUGUCAACCCUUACGCUUCUCUCCAUCGUGUAUACCGGGUUUGCGGUUCCGUCGACAUACAUGGUUCCCUGGAUGGGCUGGCUGCGGUGGAUCAACCCUGCGUAUUAUGCGUACGAGAGCAUCAUGAUCAAUGAGUUCGAUGACCGGGAGUUUCAUUGUUCAACAAUUCUACCGUCUGGGCCUCAAUACGAUCAGCUUCAAAUGCAAGACAAAAUAUGUUCCUCUAUUGGGGCUGUCGCUGGGAGCUCAGUCGUUCAAGGAACUACUUAUCUAGCAUUGAAGUUCGGAUAUGUGAGGAGUCAUCUAUGGCGCAACCUGGGCAUCCUUCUGGCAAUGCUAGUCCUGCUCACUGUGGUGCAUCUCAUGGCCUCACAACUUAUCAAGGCGCAGCGGUCAAAGGGCGAAAUCCUUCUCUUUAGAAAACAACAUGCAUCAAAGCAUUGGCUUGCUGGAGGUCGGGGUGGCGAUAGAGAAUCCAAGGUUCCCAAUAUCUUCACCCAGGAGGCGGGAGAUCAAGCAAAUAUUUCGGGGGAGGAUUAUGACCAGGAUCCAGUAGCAGGCACUCCCACCAGCUUCGUGCACGAUGCAUCGGCGGAGACCGUCCUAAGGCAAACUGCUGUCUUUCACUGGAACAAUUUGAACUACACAAUCAAGACCAGAGAUGGACACCGUCAGAUUCUCAAGGACAUCAACGGGUGGGUCAAACCAGGAACAUUGACUGUUUUGAUGGGGGUCACUGGUGCUGGCAAAACAUCUCUUCUGGAUGUUCUGGCCGACAGGGCCCGGAGUGGUGUCGUUUCCGGCCAUGUCUACAUCGACGGGAACCAACGAGAUGCUAGUUUCGGUCGGCGCAUUGGAUACGCGCAGCAGGAGGAUCUUCAUCUCCCAACAACGACUGUCCGUGAAGCUCUCGAGUUUAGUGCGUUGCUGAGGCAGCCGCAAACAAAAGUGCCAUUGAAGGACAAGAUCGCCUAUGUAGAUACAGUCCUCAAAAUGCUAGACAUGGAGUCUUGGGCAGACGCUGUGGUCGGCGUGCCUGGGGAGGGACUCAACAUUGAGCAGCGCAGACGACUCACGAUUGCAGUCGAGUUAGUCGCCAAGCCGGAGCUACUUUUGUUCCUUGACGAACCCACCUCUGGUCUGGAUAGUCAAACAGCAUGGUCUAUCUGCAUGCUCCUUCGCAAGCUGGCAGACAACGGUCAAGCUAUUCUCUGCACUCUGCACCAACCUUCAUCGCAACUUUUCGAAAUUUUUGACCGGAUCUUGCUGUUGGGGAAGGGCGGAGAGCAGCUUUAUUUUGGAGAUAUCGGUCCCUCGGGAUCAAAAGUGAUUGAGUACUUUGAGAAGACCGGUAAUCUCAAGUGUCCAGACGAUGGUAACCCGGCUGAAUGGAUCAUUGAGAUAACUCGAGAACAGACAACAACAAUAACACCAACAGAAGAUGGAGUGCGGAGUCACUGGGCGCAAGUAUGGGACUCAAGUGAGCACAAGCAAGAAGUUCUGGAACGCCUCGAAUAUCUCAAACACAAUUCUGGAGGCGACUCUACAUUCACAGAUUCCCGCAGUGGCGAGUAUGCGGCACCACUUGUCCGGCAAUUCUACCUCGUCCUGAAGCGAAAUUUCCAGGAGUAUUGGAGAGACCCGAUAUCCCUAUAUUCGAAGCUGGGCCUCUGUCUAGGUAUUUCUCUCUCAAUUGGUCUCUCAUUCACGAACACAACACUGGAUAUGCAAGGCCUAACAAAUCUGACCUUUGCUUCUCUAUUGGUUGUUCUUCUCUUCGCAAUGCUUGAUCAACAAGUCAUCAAACGGUUCAUCUCGGAACGGGAUAUGUUCGAGGCUCGUGAACGCCGAAAUCGAUCAUACUCCUGGAUCAUAUUUGUUAGCAGCAAUAUCGUCGUCGAGCUCUUUUGGCAAACCAUAGCCAGCGUGCUGUUCUUCAUCACGUGGUACUACCCAACCGGCAUGUGGAGGAACGGAGAUGCGGACUUUAGCACCUCGGAGCGUGCUGGUUUGGUAUUCAUGCUCAUUUGGUUUUUCUGUCUGUUUAUCAGCACACUUUCUCAUGCAGUGGCCAUCGCAAUCCCCUUGGCAGAAACAGCAGUCCAGAUUGCCGCCCUGCUUUAUUGGUUCAUGAUUAUGUUCUGCGGUAUUCUCAUAUUCCCAAAUGACCUUCCAGACUUCUGGGUCUUUGUCCACCGCGCCUCACCUUUUACCUAUCUGAUCAACGGUCUCUUGGCCGCUGGCCUUGGCAAUGUCGAAAUACUUUGCUCGCCUGUCCAACAGCUCCGCUUUAACCUCCCUUCGACGGUCGUAGAGUCCGGGAAGACAUGUGGCGAGUAUCUGGCUUCAUACGUCCAGAUGGCAGGAGGAACUGUCAUCAACAAAGAUGAGACAAUGGGACAGUGUUUUUAUUGCCCUGUAGACAGCACAAACGAUUUCUUCAAGGGCGUGGGGAUAGAUUUACACAAGCGGUGGCGUAAUGUUGGAUAUCUAGCUGUGUAUAUUAUGUUUAAUAUCAUACUAACCUUUGGACUCUAUUGGUUAGCGAGGGUACCAGGGAGGAGAAAACCUUCUUAA